AUGUUGCUGUAUUGGGGCAAGCAUCCCCAGAAGCAUGGCAAGGGAGACCACCCUUCAAAGCCCAAGUGGAUCGGUCUCCUGGCCUUGCUGCCCAAGAAACUAAACGCAGCGAUCUUCGAUCGUCGCCUGGCACACCAGGCCACGCAUGGUCGCCUCAUCCGUCUGGGCCACACAGCGAGGACAUGGCUCCAAAAGCAGACACAGGUGGGGUCUGCCGAUGAAGGGGGCCUGUUGCCUUUGGCCUUCCACAUCCACGGGACUGUGGCGGACGACGAGCAGAUUCGUCACGAGUUCCUACGAUCCCGCUUCGGCUUGGUGGUGACGGCAGUCAUCGCCUUUGCUCUUGGUCGAAGCAUCCUGGCGGCGAUCCGGACGCUGCAAGACUUCAACAAACAUCCGGCCAUGGACGAGCUGUCCGUGGGUGAUGGCAAGUUCACUCGGCUCAUUGAGAAGGAGCUUUGCGAGGAUGUGCCGCAAAUGCAGCCUCGUGUCUUAGACAACGGGCAAGUCAUCAUUACGCUGAGCUGGUUGAUCUAUCUUCCCGGGAAUGGCAUCUUCUUUUCCAGGCUUUUUCAGCCUUUGCUGAUGCUGACCGGGUUGCUCGGCACAGUCGGAGGUCGGCAAGGCCAGGAAGAUCCGAAAGGUGGAGGCGUCGGAGGACCCCCGGGGGCCAGCGCCGUGUUCCGGCGCAUCGCAGGGGUGUUCCUGCAGCUGCCCAACUGGUUCCGACUACUCGGCCGCAGUCUCCCAGGAUCGGUUCAGGUUUCGCCUCUCUGGGAAUGUCAGCUUGGCCUCCGCAAAGAGCCGCAGGCCUCGCCACCCUUCGCGCAAGUGAUCCUCUGGGACGCAGCUCGAGGGCAUUUUGCCGACGUCACGGGGGAGAUAGAGGCCAUGGAGAGCCUCGCAAAAGAGAUCGGCACCCGCCAGGGUGUGGCAACCAGGAUAAUAACCUCCUCUGCCAUCGCGGAGCUCGGGGGCGCCAUGCCAGCAAUGGCGGAAGGAGGGAGCAUUGAUCCUCGCUGCAUGUCGCUGGACCGGUGCUACGAGGUGCUUCAGCUGCCCAGGGAGGAGCUGAAGCAGAAGCCAAAGGAGGAAGCCAAGGAGAUGUUGGCCCGGGCUUUCCGACUGAGAGUCGUUGAGGACCCCAACAUCGAGAAGCGGAAGGUGGAGGAGCUAGCCCUUGCUCUCGACCUGCUUAUGAGGCGAUUGUGCCUCAGUUUGGAGAUGUGA